CAACCUUCUAGACAAGUUUCCUGUUGUAGUCUCCCGUUUGCCAAUGGACCAGCAAGUGGUAUAUGCUGAUUUAGAUGUAUGCAGGGGUACUGGCAGGAGAGUUCCAUCACACUCACCUCUUCACCAGGAUAUCUGUCAAGGUCCUCCCUGGCAUCGAUUUGCUUUGAAACUUGGUUGUUCUAUUCUUCUUUUUCUUGCCUUUGCAGUAAUUGGGUUGAGUGUUUCAGUGAUAUUUUUGCAGCAAACAUUACCAGUAAGCGUCAAUACUGUGCAUGCUCAAGAGAACUUAAGUGAAACAACAGAAAGGCCAUUUGCAUCAAAAUGCACAGAACCUUGGUACCCAAUCAGAGAGAAAUGCUUGCUGUUUACUUCUGAUGUGUGCACUUGGAAUCAGAGUCUAACCAACUGUAAAGGAUCCAGUUUGCUGCUUAUUCAAGAUCAAGAAGAACUGAGACUCAUACAAAAGCGUAUAGAUUCAGUAGGAGUUCAAUUCUGGAUUGGAUUAAAAUAUUCACCAGCAGAGAAGAACUGGAAGUGGAUAAAUGGAUCAUUUUUAAAUUCUGAGAUGUUGCAAGUUACUGGUAUAUCUGGAAAAAACAUCUGUGUCUCUAUCUCAAACACAAAACUUACUUCUGAGCAUUGUGAAGCUGAAAGCAGAUCUAUUUGCCAAAAGGAACUAAAACCUAUCAGGAAGAAAGUAUAUUCUGAUUCUUGACUAUGGAUUCUUCCCAGUUUCUUUGCAUUUUUAUAGUAUUUAUCAUUUUAAUUCUACAUGUUGUAACAAUGCUCUAGUGUAUACUUACCAUUAUGAAGUGGACAAAUAAGGAUAAGUCUAUUCUAUUUGUUGUUACUCUUACAGAUUUUCAUGUCUGACCUGUCUAUUCUAUACUUUAGGAUACACACACAAAGAGACAACACUUGUCAUCUUCAGAAGCCCAGACUUAGUGACCCUCUUUGCUCCCUACAUGUCCUUGUCAAUCUCCAGAAACAUUGUACUAAAUGAUUUCUACUAGUCUGUGUUCCCCUUCUCUUGUUUUUUCUUCAUACUUUUCUUGAUACUACUGACUUGUGGCAGAAAAUUGAAUAAAGUCCAUCCUCUGGAUUGCUCUGCCAGUGACCUAUAAGUAAGGGGAUUUGGGAAGGGAAUUUAACUCUUCCUGACAUCCUAUAUUCUUCCCAUUUUCUCACAAACUC